AUACACAAAUCUGGGAAAAAUACUCGUCCAUUUCAUAGAUUUGGUCCAUGAGAAAUAUAUCUAUAAGUUUCUCUCACUAUUCCAAUCUAUGAUCUAUGAUCAGGAUGCAGGUGUUGAACACAACCGAGCGCAAAAUAAAUCUUGAAGUGAGAUAAUCAAAUGAUAACCAAUGUGAAAUGCGUAUUAUAAAUUAUGACUUUAAUGGAGACUAAAGAUGUUCUUGCAUUAUCCGCUUCAAUUUUUACGGUUUUACAAUUUCUGGCUGGCGUUUUAGUGUGCAAGAAGUAUAUCAGAAAUGGUACAACUGGAGAUAGCUCAUGUUUGGCCUUUAUAACAUGCUUUAUGUCUUGUAGUUUAUGGCUACGAUAUGGAGUACUUAUUGGAGACUUGUUUAUUGUAUCUGUAAAUAUUUUUGGGACAGUAUUACAAAUAUGCUAUAUGAUAAUUUAUAUCUUGUACAGUGUAAAGGGACCGACUAUUGUAAAACAGUUUAUAGUAGCAAUAUGCUUUGUUUUACUUAUAUAUUUCUAUAGUAUUUAUCAAGAAGAUAAAGUUUUGGCUGCAAAACAUAUAGGAUUUCUUAGUUGCAGUCUGACAGUAUUAUUUUUUGCAUCUCCAAUGAUUUCACUUGUACAAGUAAUAAAAGUAAAAAGCACAGAGAGCUUGCCAUUUCCAAUCAUAAUAGCUUCUAUGAUAGUGUCUUGUCAGUGGUUUGCAUAUGGAUGUUUACUUGGUGAUCAAUUUAUACAAAUACCAAAUUUUAUGGGCUGUGUAUUAUCAGGUUUUCAACUUUCGUUGUUUUUGAUUUAUCCAAGUAAACGAACAGAUCAAGCCUCCUAUUUUAUAUAGAAUAUUUAUUAUAAUUUCUACUUUGA